GGCAUAUUAAACACUUGAUGAAAGGGACAAGGUAGAUGAAUCAUAUUGUGCCUCAUGGAAAAGAGGAAAAACUUCUUCCUGGCCAUUCUAGCUGCUGGCUAUUUCUCAUGUGCUUUUGGUGACCAUGUGUUUAAGAUCGUUUCCUGUGACCACUACAAAGAGGAGAAGGAACUCCGACUACGCAUAUGCUCCAUACGAUUCAGCCCACUCUGCGCCUCCAACAAUGUGACCUACUCCAACUCCUGCGUGUACUGCUUCGCCAACAUAGCUCUGAAUGGUACUCUCAGAAUUCAACACAGAGGAACGUGCAGAAAAAAUCCUGAACCGAAUACGACAGUUUCCUUCAGUCAUCACAAGUGAAACCUUCUGAACUAAGCAUUAUCUUUCCUUCACAAAGUGAAAUUCAUUGUAUUGUCUUAUUUUUUGAAACAAUAAAUAUUACCCCAGGGGAGUCUCCUUUGACUUGGGAUAUAUUUCAUAAGA